AUGAAAGCCAGAAGGAUCUUCUCGAGCAAAACUGUAAUUUUCAUUUGGUCUAUUCUUGCCCUGUUCUUCUUCACAACUCAAAUUAGUAUUUUCAACAUAACGUCCCGUGUAGACGAAAAAAAGGUACCUUUUAAGGCUCAAAAAAGCAUUGCGGCGAAGAUACAAGCACAGAUAUUUUUCAAAGGUAAGCGAGGAUCUUUUAUUUUAAACGUAGUAUGUCAAUAUCAGUUACCCUUUUUGUCUUUCCUAUUUUUUUGGAUGUAAAAUACAUCAUUUAUCCAUACGAGUUCUUCGUUGCUGCAGUUCAUAUCCUGUCGUGUGAUCGACAUGUAAUUUACUAGGCGCAUUGUGUUUAAAAAAAGAACACUAAGCCUCUUACAGUUUUAUUUUUUUUAAUAUCCAUCAUUAAAGUGAAUUCGCGGCGGCGCACAAUAUUGCUGUGACCAGCUUUUGUAUUCACGGGAAAUUCACGUUGGAAUGUGCUGCACUUUUCCAAAACAAAUGGUACUUAUCUGAACCAAGAAUAUUCUGUACGAGGCAAAAGUAGUACUUUUAAAUAUAUUUGUUUUUUUCGCUGAUUUUUGUGACCUUUUCAGUUUACCACAGCCGGACGAAAAUUGCGGCAACAGUUGUUUAACAAUUUUCAGUUAGUGAGGAAAAAUCCAGCGGUUGCAACGUGCUUUUCCCAGUAUUUGCACAUUUGUUCGGGAGAAACACGGGUGAAAGUCUAUCGUCCUGUGUAAAAUCAGCAACCGACAUGAUUAAGGGUGUAUUCCUUUCGGUGAAUCCAAAAACGGAUUUUAGAUCCUAAAACGGAUUUCGCGUUCCUUUCGGCAAAUCCAAAUCAGGAAUUUUGAUCUGGUGAAUCCUUUCUGAAAAAGGAUUCAUUGGUUUAAAAUCCGAGGAAUCCAAAUCCAGAUUAACGGAUUUUUGACCUACGCUGUUCCAUUCACAGUGGAUUCGAAAUUGGUCAGACGAUAUUCACCAGCGUUAUUUCCAAUUGAAGUAUUCCUGUACAGUUUCCUAGUUGCUGCCAUUUGUCGUAAAAAAUCAGUAAACGCUGGGAGAUUGUUCCAGUCCUCGCUCCUACUUAUUUACUUCCGCGAUGGGCCGAACAGGUUUUCAUACUACACCAAAGUAUGGCACAGAACCUAUCCGAUAUGUGGCGUUCCACUCUCGAGAUCAGCGCGGCGCAGCUUCGCUCCGUCACAGAAAUCGCGCCUCCACAACUGUUAUUUUGUGUGAAAACAGAAGCCCUAUCCGGUAAAUCCGGUAUAGCCUGGGUAGCAGGCCCAAGAAAGAAUGGGCACGCGAAAAGGAGACACGCGGACACGCGUGUCUCCCUCUCGCGCGCUCGUUCUUUCUUGCGCCCACUACUUCCAGGCAGCUGCUACGCAGGCUAUAUCGGGUAUGAUUUUCGCUGCGGCGCAAAACUAUACAGUGUUGUGUGAACAUAGCUUAGUAGAAUUAGUUUCCAUGAAAUAAUUGCAUUGAUAUACAAUUAAAACUUAAACUGUAUGGCAGCAAACCGUGCAAAAAUUGACGAGUUAUUUAGUUCAGAUUUAGUUUCCUUGAAAAACCCUAUUAUUGCUCCAUUUACCCUUUUUUUUUCUUACUAACUUUUACAUUUCUCCAAACGCAGAUGCAAAAAUCAACCAUAGUGAAGACUUAAUCACGUGUUCCAUUCCAAAGGACCCUUUAUUCCCUUUAUGCGAAUUUAAAAUACAGGUAUGGAGGCUCUAUAUCAAAGUUUCAAUACUGCAAGGGGUGCAAGGGAAGGGAAGGCUUGACUUGCUCAGGAACAUCCUAAACACCCUGCUCGCCUCAUCUUUUCUUCUUGUAUGAAGGCAUUCUUGGGUAAAAGUAUGUAUAAUAGUAACCUUUUAGCUUGAGUUAAGUCUGGUCCUAUCAUCCUGGUGGGGAGGGGUGGGGGGGAGGGGUACUCAACCAAGUUUUAUACGGUAACGCUCCGCCUCGAGGUCCAACCUCGUACUCUUCUAUAUACCAUUUUUAGCAGGAAAGGUACCCAUUUCGUAUACCUUCUAUUGACAACUGGGCACCCCCUUCACAUACCUAGUUUAGAACUUAGUGAUCCUUUAAACUACUAUAAAUGCACUUUUUUAAAAGAUGAAACUAGAACGUUUUCGACUUUUCCACAGCCAUAAAAUGAAUUUGUUAGCCCUUAUGGGCUUUUUAAGACUGAAGGAACAAAUAUCCCUACCCUUUUAUAUAACUCAACUAGUGAAAUCCAUACCCUUUUAUAUACCUGAAGCCUGAAAAAGGUACCUCUUUCGGGCGGAGCCCCCCCGCCAUUAUAGGGAGUAGUAUGCAAAGAUCGUGAAAACUGCUGUGAAAGAUGCCAAAGGUGUGGGAUGGGGUGGGGUGGGGUGGGUUGGGGGCGGGGGUUUAUGCGCCACUCCCUGAGUCCCUUCUCCAGAGCACGCGGUUCUUAUUUUUUGCUUGGCUUGUUUUCACGACGUUCCUACUAUCUUAGCCCCUGGCACAGGCUAAUAAUUCUGGGAAAAAUUGUUCCUAUGCACGUGACAUGCUUAUGACCUAUGAUUUGCUGUAUAUCUAAACUUUUUUAAGAGGCUAAUUUUAGACAACCCACUUUCCUUCAAAAAAUGCUGGUGUUACACCCUCGUAUGGUAUUAAAUUAAUGUAUAUGCUUUGAAUUAAGGCAAAAUACCUGUUCUUUCAGGAAUUUCACACGAAGUGGGACCAAAACUGUCAUGGGGAGAAAUACAAAGUUGAUCCAAAAAACAUUUGUUCUGUUAUUCAGUAUUUGAGCGAGGUAAGGCAUCUACGCUGCACCUUUUCGUUCAAAGGAUUUCCUAUGAUUUUAGUGGGUGAAUUUGGAGAAUGUACGAAACUCACCAAGUGAGUCACAUCGAUUGUUAUUGUUAAUUUUCAGAGAGAGGCCUGGUGCCCAGUGUUGCCAUGGAGAAGUAGUCACCACUCCUUGGAUGGUUCAAAUGGACCACCGAAAAAGGUGAAGCAACAUAAUUUAAGGGCAGUGAAUUAACUAAGUUUACACCAUUAUUUCUAAAGUUUCACAAUUCGUACUAAUGUACAGUAGAGGAGUGACGUAUAGGGACUGCUUAACGUGCUGUUAGUAAAAAUUGGAUUUUUCCCCCUCCCUUGGCUUCUCGCUCUCCCAAACAAUGUAAAAGAUAAAGUAUUUUUUGGCACAAAAUAAAUGGGGUGGGUGAUCAAGAGAUAUCAUAGUUUGCUUAAUAAAUGUCCAAGUGUUUUCGCGUCCUCUGUAGCUCUUUCUUGGACUUAACUCAUGCAAACGUUUCCUGAAAACUUUACGUACUUGCAAAACAUAUUUUUAUGACAUUUCUGAUUUUUGUUUCAAAGGCUACAAUUCAAACCGAUCUCUCUGGACUUCUUGAUAAGUUUAAAGGAGAACGAUUUACCUGGAUACGGAACAGAAUUCUUGGAACAUGGCAGCAUUGGAUGCGAGCUGUUGGAGAGCUACAACUAAAGCCUAACUUUUGUGAAAGGAAACAAAAAAAGGUAUAUAACGAACGCUAUUCUUCUGGCCCUUAGAAACGCGCAUAAAGCCUAUAACGUGUGAGCAAAGCGGAAGUAAAAACAACCGGCAGCGAGACGCAUACUUUUUGUGAUACCAUCUCCGUGUCAGUAGUGUCUUAGGCUUCCUUUUUGAAAUUGCCAUGGAAACUCAUUGCAAAGUGAAACUUAAUUAGCAUCGAUAACGUCAUAGAUCAUAGUUUGCUAAUGAUUACUAAGCCGUUAUACCUAUGUUAAAAAUAUCUUUUUGCCAAAUUUGUUGGCUAUUGUUCUUCUUUCAGAUCCUUUUGUACCUGGCUGCUAUGGGAGAGCACAAGUUCUUCUUAGACGGCGCGUUUUUGGGAGGGCCGUUAGGUGAACUGGUCCAAUGGUGCGACCUGAUAAGUGCCCUGUACAUUUUAGGCCAUGACCUCACUAUCGGUUUUCAAGUGGGGGAUAUUCCAAGGUAAAAGACCAGUAGAAAAGAAAACCAAAGAAAUACAUUAUAAAAUAUCCGACGAAACGCGCGGUAUGAUUAGUCAGAACGAUAUUCCAUGAAAUUCCUCGAGCCUUAUAAUAAUGCACGUACGCUGAAAUAUGAUUUAUUGAUUAACUCAAAAAGAAAUUUCAAAAAAUUAUCCUGCAUUUCAGGGAUAUACAAUCAUUUCCUAUUUGUUACAGCAAGGAGCCCAAAGGGUGACCUCCUUGAAAUAUCUCACAUUCUUUCAUGCAGACAUUAACCAAUCGGAGGACAGUUUAAUUUCCAGCUGGCUUCUGAUUGGAUUAAAUCUGUACAAAAGAAUGUGAAUAAAUCAAAAGCGGUCGCGCUUUUGUGCUCCUUGCUGUGAGAACAAUAAAGAAGUGCCACAAGUUCUCGCCUGUGGUUCGAUCUACUUCCUAAAACCACUCAAGUCAUUUAUUAAUGAAACGAUUCAAAAGAAUCCAUCGAUGCAAUGCUUUCUUGUCAGAGUCACUGAGAGCGACUAGAUAAGGUGGUAGCAAAACAGUUUCGAGCGUAACUAUCAAACCUUACUUAAAACUAAUCUUCCUAAUUAAAAAAACAAAUGAAAAAAUUAGUGAUCAUUAAGGUAACCGCUUUUUAAUGUUUUCUGGUUUUGUUCCCAGUUCCCUAGUUAAUCCGGCUUCUGAUGGCUGCGUUCGUGAAACGUUAACCGAUGGAUUGGAUCUUAUUUUUACUGAUAUCAUGGGAGUGUUUAUAAUAGCAGAACGAAGUGGACCGGAUUAUUCGCUGCACAAGUUUGUAUUUCUUAGAGUUAUUUGCUAUAGGUAUUAUCUUGUCUAGUCCCUGCAUGGGGUCUUGACAGACCUCGAUGGAUUCACUUUGGUGACGUUUUCCAAGACGAAGGGCAAAAAAAAUUCGCUGGACAACUGACGAGGCCCGAAACACAUAGGCCACACAGAAUAAGGACUAGGCAACAUAAGACUGAGCUUUAGAUUCUAAGACGAGGUCGAACCUCGUGUGCGAACCAACGCCAUUUUGGCGGGAAAAUGCGCUAGCCAUCUUCAUAGAGUACUAAAGUGUGACGUCAUAAAAAUGAAUUUUCUGAAAUUAUGGGAUUUAUCAGGAUAUUUUGAAAGAACAAUGUCCAAGAGGCCUUCUUGCCAAAAAUGAGCAUUUGGGGGCAAAUUGUCUCUGAGAUCGUAGCCCAGUUAUGCUUACAAAACUCCAUACAAACCCUUCUAAAUUUUUUUUGGAUCGACCCAAAAAAAAUUAGAAGGGUUUGUAUGGAGUUUUCUGAGUAUAACUGGGCUACUAUCUCAGAGACAAUUUGCCCCCAAAUGCUCAUUUUUGGCAAGUAGGCCUCUUGGACAUUGUUCUUUCAGAAUAUCCUGACAAAUCCCAUAAUUUCAGAAAUUUCAUUUUUAUGACGUCAUCACUUUAGUANUCUGAAAUUAUGGGAUUUAUCAGGAUAUUUUGAAAGAACAAUGUCCAAGAGGCCUUCUUGCCAAAAAUGAGCAUUUGGGGGCAAAUUGUCUCUGAGAUCGUAGCCCAGUUAUGCUUACAAAACUCCAUACAAACCCUUCUAAAUUUUUUUUGGAUCGACCCAAAAAAAAUUAGAAGGGUUUGUAUGGAGUUUUCUGAGUAUAACUGGGCUACUAUCUCAGAGACAAUUUGCCCCCAAAUGCUCAUUUUUGGCAAGUAGGCCUCUUGGACAUUGUUCUUUCAGAAUAUCCUGACAAAUCCCAUAAUUUCAGAAAUUUCAUUUUUAUGACGUCAUCACUUUAGUACUCUAUUCUACGACAGUUUAGCGAGAAUGUCGUAGUGGCGAAAACAAGUUAUCCAAUGGUAGAAAUUUUAUCAUUUAGCGAAAAUUAACUAAGCUAUCUCGCUAGCAUCUUGAUUUGAAGGUUGACAAAAAGUAUCGAUCUUGUGGUUAUCCCAGUAAACUACUUGCCAGUUUAAGGCAAGACACCUUCUCCAAUUCCACCUUCUUCAUAAAUGAAGUUUUUUUUUUAUUGAUAACAGGUGUAAGAUGCGUGUGUUAGACUCUUUUGGAACAGAUGCAGCGUUUAACUACAAACAUUACAAGGGGAAGAUUCCUGGUGGUAGGUCACCCUGGGGAGAUAUUGACCUUCAACUACCUCAGUUUUUGACCAUGUAUCGUAAGUACCUUAAAAGAGAAUCUAAAAGUUUUGAAACUACAAAAGGUUCUCACUACUACGCUGUAUUGGAAGGGUCUAGCUGAGGUUUCCUGCAUUGGUAACCUCUGCCCCCACCCUUAAUAAUGUUGCAUGGUUGUUAUUGAAGAAUUAGAGUUAGAAUUAAUUGGCACUUCUUUCCUGUAGCCCAUAGUCCAGAUAACUCCUUUCUUGGAUUUGCCGUCCCACAAAGAGCUAAAAAAGACAAAGAACCCUUGCAGAAGACAAAAACGAGAAAAGCAGCUUUAGUUUAUGGCAAAGAUCCCCAGUUCUGGGAGGUAAGUAUGACUUGUUGAAUCACUAUGACUAUUUUAUCCUUUUCGUUACCUAAAUUGCUUGAGACGUUGUGGCGAAUAAACGUAUCUCAUGAAAUUAUUUUUCCAUUUUUGUCAACAUUUUUAGGGGCAUGGAGACUACAUUAAUGCAGUGAAGACUUAUUUUAACGAAGUUCACGCAACGUUGGGAGGUACUGAGGUACGUAGGCAGGGCCCCGUUCACAAUAUAUUAUACAUCUUCGAAAUCGUCUGAGGUUACACUAACUUUUUCGUUUUAAGUCAGUAUUUUGUUGCUAAUGAGUUAUAACCACCGUCUAAUUUCACAAUUUACUAUACCAAACAUGACGUGAACUGUUUCAUCUGAUAUCCAAACACCGAGAAGAAAUAUACGAAACACGAGAAGGAGUGUUUCAUCUGAUAUCCAAACACUGAGAAGUAAUACAUCAAACACAAGAAGAAGUGUUUCAUCUCGUAUCCAAACGCCGGGAAGUAAUAUGUCCAACAAGAGUGGAAGCAUUUUAUCUGAUCUCCAGACUCCGAGAAUAGAUAUCACAUUAAUGAGAAGGGAUGUUUUCUCUGAUAUAGAAACACCGAGUAUUAAUAUGCCAAACGCGUGACGGAGUGUUUUAUCCGAUGUCCAGACACCAAUAGGUAAAAUAUCACCCAUGUUUUUAGAUAACUAAAAGCUAUGAUGAGACAUACCUGCACCUUCAAAAAGAUUCAACAAUUUUCUCUUCGCGCUUUUAUUUUCCAUAGGAAAGUCGAAAGAAAUUCCGUGUGCCCGAGUAUGUCAUCAAUCAUGGGAUUGUAAAUAUAACAACAUUGAUAGAUUUAUUAGACUCCAGUAAGGUAAUUCAUCUGUCGUUAAUUUCAUUCGGAACUCUGAGCAGCUUCAGAACUCGGUUUUCUCUAAACUGAAAGUGAAAAACUUGAAACUGGUUUGCCUGGCUUCUUUUUCAGGUGUUUGUGGGUCUGGGUCAACCCUAUGAAGGGCCAGCAGCCCUUGAGGCCUUGGCUAAUGGAUGUUUCUUCAUUAAUCCUAAGGUAUAGUAAAGAUAUAAUGGCAUCCUUACCUGUGUUUUUGCUUAAGCCAGUUAAGGUCAAUUAGGAUUACGAUGAUUGUGACGUUGGCGUUGAUGAUGAUGAUGAUGAAAAUGAUGACGUAACGUUUACGAUGAUGAUGUUAAUGAUAAUGAUGAUGAUGAUGAUGAUGAUGAUGAUGAUGAUUGGUGAUUAACGAGCAACAAUCACCAGACUAAGCCAAGACAUUUCAAAGGCGGGUUGCUGUAGAAGCAAGUGCCAACCUCAUAAAUGAUAGGCUCUGGAUGAGCAGAAAAUGUUUUCUUUCCAGUUUAAAAUGGUAACAGACCAAAUAAGUAAUGCAGGUCUCCUCAGAAAAAGGGCAGACAAAAUGUUUUAUUUCUUUUCUGAAUCGAUGCUCGAUUUUUACUUUUCAGUACGUGCCACCUCUCGAUCGCACAAACUCAAACUUUUUCGCUGGAAAACCCUUUAGCAGAAAGGUA